AUAUUAUGUGAGCCUGUGCCGGUUGUGUUCCAGCACAGGAUAAAUCGUAGUGACGCUUGGGGUGUUGCGUGAGUUUAACGUCAGCUGCGAAAUGGGAGGUGCAAGCUCUUCACUAUUUAAAAAAAAUAUAUAAAAAUGAAACCUGGUAGGUAAUCGGAUUAGGAGUUGAGUUUGGUUCAAAUGGGAGAUUCUGACCGCAGGCUUUGCACUCGAGCACCAGUGACCUUCCACAGCUGACUUCCUCGCCCACUGAGAGUAAGGGAACCUCUGGAGAAGCAGCCAAAAUGCCUGUGGAUCUGAACGGAUACUGGAAAAUGAUCUCCAAUGACAAUUUUGAGGAGUACCUCAAGGCUCUCGAUGUUCACGUUGCCAUCAGAAAAAUUGCCACUUUGCACAUCGUCACGAUCAUCAUCAUCAAAACCCUCAGCACCUACAAACACUACAACACGGAUUUCUAUGUGGCCAAAGAGUUCGAGGAGGAUCUGCCGGGGGUGGGUGACAGGAAGUGUAUGACCACCAUCACCUGGGAAGGAGAUAAGCUGGUGUGUGUGCAGAAAGGAGAAAUUGAAGGAAGAGGCUGGACCCACUGGGUGGACGGAGACGAGCUUCAUCUGGAGCUUCGAGCUGGAGGAGUCGUCUCCAAGCAGGUCUUCAAGAAGUCGUAAAGUGUCUCCUAUAUCCGACGAGACGGUACCCCCUCAGCUGACGUAGCAUCCGGCAUCCUAUUUAGUCUUUUCAAGCACUCAUCCACGUUCCCACGCCCCUAUAUAAUUUUCUGCCAUGAUAUUCCGUCACUAAUCAAACGUUGACUGGAUCUUCCAGCUCAAAAAAGCAAGGUAGCAUGCAUAUCGUGUAACGUUCCCAACUGGUUCAGGACAGCUGCUACUUUGAUCAAUUUAUCGAUAUGCAUUAGACGUACGCAUGCGGUUAAGUGUAGCUUAUCAGAGGGGCAGACCGCACUGAUGGAUCUGGAUGCAAAGACGUUGAGUAGAGUUGAGGGGUGCGGGUGUCUCUAGUAAGGAUGGCUUCCCCUGCAGUUACAGUGUGUGUAAAUAAAUUAUAUCUCUCCCAAUCCCUUGUUUUGGGACCCUGUCACUGAUUGUAAAAUUAAUCAAUCAAAAAAAUAAAACAAUGUCCAACUCUC